UCGCUCCCCGCCCCCCUGCCAGCGGAAGCGCCCGCGGAGCACAAUGCAGCACUGAGGCAGCGCCGCGGCGGUGCAGGCUGCAGCUCCUGGGGCCCGCUGCAGCACCGGCCUGGGCUGGGAGGGGGUGGGGGGCGGCGACGGCAGCGGGCGGGCUGGGAGCUUCGGGAGCUGGACGCAGCGGAGGAGCAUGAGAAGCUGAGCGCCCGGGCACGGCGGGCUGACAGCAGCAUCAUGCAGGCAGCGGCGGCGGCACCCGUGCCCUUCUUGCUGCUCUGCGCCCUGGGGACCUGCCCCCUGGCACGCUGCGGCCGGCCAGGAGACGCCUCGCUGACAGAGCUGGAGAGAGGGAAUGAAAACCGCUUCCUGGGGCGCCAGAGCGUCGUGCCACUGCGCCUCAUCUACCGCUCGGGCGGCGAAGACGAAACUCGGCACGACGUGCUCAACACGCGGGUGCGGGGCGACCCCGGCGGCCGGCAGUUGACUCAUGUUGAUCGGGCAAGCUUCCAGGUUGAUGCCUUUGGAACCUCAUUCAUUCUCGAUGUUCUGCUAAACCAUGAUUUGCUGUCCUCUGAUUACAUAGAGAGACACAUUGAACAUGGAGGCAAGACUGUGGAAAUCAAAGGAGGAGAGCACUGUUACUACCAGGGCCAGAUCCGAGGAAAUCCUGCUUCGUUUGUUGCAUUGUCAACAUGCCAUGGACUUCAUGGGAUGUUCUAUGAUGGGAACCACACAUAUCUCAUUGAACCAGAAGAAAAUGACACCUCCCAAGAGGAUUUCCAUUUUCAUUCGGUUUACAAAUCCAGACUGUUUGAAUUUCCUUUGGAUGAUCUUCCAUCUGAAUUCCAACAAAUAAAUAUCACCCCACCAAAGUUUAUUGUGAAGCCAAGACCAAAAAGGAGUAAACAGCAGCUUCUUCGAUACCCUCGUAAUGUAGAAGAGGAAACCAAAUACAUUGAACUGAUGAUAGUGAAUGAUCAUCUCAUGUUUAAAAAGCAUCGACUUUCCAUUGUGCAUACCAAUACCUAUGCGAAAUCUGUGGUGAACAUGGCAGAUCUAAUAUAUAAAGACCAACUUAAGACCAGGAUAGUACUGGUUGCCAUGGAAACCUGGGCAGCUGACAACAAGUUUGCCAUAUCUGAAAACCCCAUGAUCACCCUACGUGAGUUUAUGAAAUACAGGAGGGAUUUUAUCAAAGAGAAAAGUGAUGCAGUUCACCUGUUUUCGGGAAGUCAAUUUGAGAGUAGCCGGAGCGGGGCAGCUUAUAUUGGUGGGAUUUGCUCGUUGCUGAAAGGAGGAGGCGUGAAUGAAUUUGGGAAAACCGAUUUAAUGGCGGUUACACUAGCCCAGUCAUUAGCCCAAAACAUUGGUAUUUUCUCAGAUAAAAGAAAACUAGCUAGUGGCGAGUGUAAAUGUGAAGACACCUGGUCCGGAUGCAUAAUGGGAGAUACUGGUUAUUAUCUCCCAAAAAAGUUCACCCAGUGUAAUAUCGAAGAGUACCAUGACUUCCUAAAUAGUGGAGGUGGUGCCUGUCUGUUCAAUAAACCUUCUAAGCUUCUUGACCCUCCGGAAUGUGGCAAUGGCUUCAUUGAAACUGGAGAAGAGUGUGACUGUGGGACCCCUGCAGAAUGCAUCCUUGAAGGAGCAGAGUGUUGUAAGAAAUGUACCUUGACCCAAGACUCCCAAUGCAGUGAUGGUCUCUGUUGUAAAAAGUGCAAGUUUCAGCCUAUGGGGACUGUGUGCCGAGAAGCAGUGAAUGAUUGUGAUAUUCGUGAAACAUGCUCAGGAAAUUCAAGUCAGUGUGCUCCUAAUAUUCAUAAGAUGGAUGGAUCCUCAUGUGAUGGUGUUCAGGGAAUUUGCUUUGGAGGAAGAUGCAAAACCAGGGACAGACAAUGCAAAUACAUCUGGGGGCAAAAGGUGACAGCAUCAGACAAAUACUGCUAUGAGAAACUGAAUAUCGAGGGGACUGAGAAGGGUAACUGUGGGAAGGACAAAGACACAUGGAUACAAUGCAACAAGCGGGAUGUGCUUUGUGGUUUCCUCUUGUGUACCAAUAUUGGAAAUAUCCCAAGGCUCGGAGAACUGGAUGGUGAAAUCACAUCCACUUUAGUUGUGCAGCAGGGAAGAACAUUAAACUGCAGUGGUGGGCAUGUUAAGCUUGAAGAAGAUGGAGAUAUUGGCUAUGUGGAAGACGGGACUCCCUGUGGUCCUCAGAUGAUGUGCUUAGAGCGCAGAUGUCUUCCUGUGGCCUCUUUCAACUUCAGUACUUGCUUAAGCAAUAAAGAAGGAACUAUUUGUUCAGGGAAUGGAGUUUGCAGUAAUGAAUUGAAGUGUGUAUGUAACAGGGACUGGAUUGGAGCAGACUGCAACACUUACUUCCCUCACAAGGAUAAUGGAAAUGCUGGUAUCAUCCUGUCUGGCAAUGGUGUUGCUGGCACUAAUAUCAUAAUAGGGAUAAUUGCUGGUACCAUUUUAGUGCUGGCUCUCAUAUUAGGAAUAACUGCAUGGGGUUAUAAAAACUAUCGGGAACAGAGACAGUUACCCCAGGGAGAUUAUGUAAAAAAGCCUGGAGAUGGUGACUCUUUUUAUAGCGACAUUCCUCCUGGAGUCAGCACAAACUCAGCAUCUAGUUCUAAGAAGAGGUCAAAUGGGCUCUCUCAUUCCUGGAGUGAAAGGAUACCAGAUACAAAACAUAUUUCAGACAUUUGUGAAAAUGGGCGACCUCGAAGUAACUCCUGGCAAGGCAACGUGGGCGGUAACAGAAAGAAAAUCAGAGGCAAACGAUUUAGACCUCGAUCUAACUCAACUGAGAGGGAGCCCCAAGCACCUGAGCCUGGGCACUCCCUCGCCCAGACAGUCCCAUCCCAAGGCAUAAGCCCAGGGGGCUCUGACAGCCCCCAGACAGGGAGUCUGGAUCACAGGUAUUUAAACCCAUGGUUCAAAAGAGACUAUAAUGUAGCUAAGUGGGUAGAAGAUGUGAAUAAAAACACUGAAGGACCAUACUUUAGGACUUUAUCUCCUGCCAAAUCUCCUUCUUCAUCAACUGGGUCUAUUGCCUCCAGCAGAAAAUACCCUUACCCAAUGCCUCCACUUCCCGAUGAGGAGAAGAAAGUGAACCGACAAAGUGCCAGGCUAUGGGAGACAUCCAUUUAAGAUCAACUGUUUACAUGAGACACAUCAAAACUGUUUACUUCAACUUUUGUAGAAAUCCAGCCUCCCACAAUCACUGCAAAUCUGUCUGCUCUUCAGUCAUCACAAGACCCUCUGAGAUGCCUAGAGGAGAGAAAGCCACAUCUCACACACGGAUACCAUUUUCUUUUUGUCAUUGGCUUAAGAUUCAACAAAACCAUGAAAAGAACACUGAAAUGUCACACUAAAACACAGAACAAUAAAGGUACUGGUAUGCUAAUGGAAAAACCUGCAUGACAGAUAUAUGUAGAAAUAUCAAUAAACUCACAUGACCCAAAAUGUAGCAAGUUUCCCAAGGGACAGUAGUGGAUUCAGAACCUGACAUUCUGAAGCCCAUGCUCAUUGUAAACAGUAAUGCUGUAUGCAUGAACCCUCUGUUUAUUGUUCUCCAUAUUUAAGGAAACAACAUCCCAUAAUAGAAACUAGCAUGCAGGGUUAAGGCAUAUAGAAUUAUUCUGCAGGACUUCAAAGCUUUGAGAGGCCAAUAUCCCAUGCUAACUUUAAACAUGUAUUUUUAUUUCACUUUUUUUUUUACUUUUCAUACUUAUAUCAACAUACAAGGACAAUUGUACAUAUGUAAACAUUUUUAAAAUUUUAAAAAAGCAGCUGUUACACACAAGUGUAUUUUGCCAAAUGCCUGAAAGCAGUGAAUCACAGUCACAUCAAUGUCCUCCAUCAAUGGUCUUCAAAGAGUAUAAGCAAAUGGUGUUGUAAAUAUAGUGGUCAAUGCUGUAAAUGUGUCUUUCCAUAACUGAUAUAUGUCUAAAAUGUGAUAGCCCUUUAAAAUGUGUACCGUCUGGAGGCAAUUUCAUCGAGUGAUUGAGUAGGAGAAGGAAAUGUCCAGCAAAACUUCUUCCCUGCAUAGCUUCUGGAGUGUAAUACAGCUGUCAGACUACCUGAAACAGCCUUUCACUGAUGGAUUCUUUAGGAAUCAGCCAGUGUGUCCACCUCUCACCCAAGGGCACAUAGUGCCUGCUACAGUGACUGUUUGGUACCAGAGUGCAUCAGCUAGUCUCACUGGGAGGCCUCCAUAGUGUGUCCUGUCGAGACAGAGCCAGAUGCACCAGGCAGAGACCACAAGCUGCCUUUGAAUUGGUAGCUUGCAUCUUGCCAAUACUCCCAUCUUUUGAGACCAGAAGUUUUUAUUCCUGGACAGAUUUUUUCAGCCACCCCUUUUUGUCAAAGGAAUGGCUUGUUUUAACAAAAACACCUUUCACACUGCUUAUUAAGGUAUUUGUCACUACUGGGAUAUGAAUUCUAGCCUUGACUUUGAAGUGAGAUGAUGAGUAGUUCUCCUAUUUGAGCUGGAAAGCCUCAACAAAAUCUAAAGCCAUAAGGAUGCAGUAAUGGUGAAGUUACGCACACCAGGAAGUGAA